GCGGUGAGUGUGGGCGGUCGGGCGCCUGUGGGCGGGCAGGGCAGCCAGUCGGCAGCGCGAGUUCCUAGGCUCCAGGAGCUGCAACGGCACGAGGGCGACGAUGGCGGAGUCCUCGGAUAAGCUCUACCGAGCCGAGUACGCCAAGAGCGGGCGCGCUUCCUGCAAGAAAUGCAGCGAGAGCAUCCCCAAGGACUCGCUCCGGAUGGCCAUCAUGGUGCAGUCACCCAUGUUCGAUGGGAAAGUCCCACAUUGGUACCAUUUCUCCUGCUUCUGGAAGGUGGGCCACUCUAUCCGGCAUCCUGACGUGGAGGUGGAUGGGUUCUCUGAGCUACGGUGGGACGACCAGCAGAAAGUCAAGAAGACCUCGGAGGCUGGAGGAGUGACUGGCAAAGGCCAGGCCGGAGGUGGCAGCAAGACGGAAAAGACCUUGGGAGACUUUGCAGCAGAAUAUGCCAAGUCCAACAGAAGCACCUGCAAGGGGUGUCUGGAGAAGAUAGAGAAGGGCCAGAUGCGCCUGUCCAAGAAGAUGCUGGACCCAGAGAAGCCACAACUGGGCAUGAUUGAUCGCUGGUACCACCCAAACUGCUUUGUCAUGAACAGGGAGGAGCUGGGUUUCCGGCCAGAGUACAACGCGAGCCAGCUCAAGGGCUUCAGCCUCCUCACUGCAGAGGAUAAGGAAGCCUUGAGGAAGCAGCUCCCGGGAGUCAAGAGUGAAGGAAAGAGAAAAGGUGAUGAAAUAGAUGGAAUGGAUGAAGUGGCCAAGAAGAAAUCUAAAAAAGAAAAAGACAAGGAUAGUAAGCUUGAAAAGGCCCUCAAGGCCCAGAACAACCUGAUCUGGAACAUCAAGGAUGAGCUAAAGAAAGCGUGUUCGACCAAUGACCUGAAAGAGCUACUCAUCUUCAACAAGCAGCAAGUGCCUUCUGGGGAGUCAGCGAUUUUGGACCGAGUAGCUGACGGCAUAGCAUUUGGUGCCCUCCUUCCCUGCAAGGAAUGCUCGGGCCAGCUGGUCUUCAAGAGUGAUGCUUAUUACUGUACUGGAGACAUCACUGCCUGGACCAAGUGUAUGUUCAAGACACAGACACCCAGCCGGAAAGAAUGGGUGACCCCAAAGGAAUUUCAAGAAAUCUCUUACCUCAAGAAAUUGAAGGUCAAAAAGCAAGACCGUAUAUUCCCCUCAGAAACCAGCACGCCAGUGGCGGCAGCACCUCCACCCUCCACAGCUUCAGCGCCUGCUUCUAUGAACGCCUCUGCUCCUGCAGAUAAGCCUUUAUCUAACAUGAAGAUCCUGACUCUUGGGAAGCUGUCCCGGAACAAGGAUGAAGUGAAGGCCAUGAUUGAAAAACUUGGGGGGAGAUUGACAGGGACGACCAACAAGGCCUCUCUGUGCAUCAGUACGAAAAAAGAAAUAGAAAAGAUGAAUAAGAAAAUGGAGGAAGUAAAAGAAGCCAACAUUUGUGUUGUGUCUGAGGAUUUCCUCCAAGAUGUUUCCGCCUCCACCAAGAGCCUUCCAGAGUUGUUCUCAGCAUACAUUUUGUCUCCCUGGGGGGCAGAGGUGAAGGCAGAGCCUGUUGAAGUAGCAGUCCCAAAAGGGAAGUCAGGGUCUGCGCUCUCUAAGAAAAGCAAGGGCCCCGUCAAGGAGGAAGGUAUCAACAAAUCUGAAAAGAAAAUGAAAUUAACGCUUAAAGGAGGGGCAGCUGUCGAUCCUGAUUCUGGUCUGGAGCACUCUGCACACGUCCUGGAAAAAGGCGGGAAGGUCUUCAGCGCCACUCUUGGCCUGGUAGAUAUUGUUAAAGGAACCAACUCCUAUUACAAGCUUCAGCUUCUGGAGGAUGACAAGGAGAACAGGUAUUGGAUAUUUCGGUCGUGGGGCCGUGUGGGUACAGUGAUUGGUAGCAACAAACUGGAGCAAAUGCCGUCCAAAGAGGAUGCCAUUGAGCACUUCAUGAAAUUAUAUGAAGAAAAAACUGGGAACGCCUGGCACUCCAAAAAUUUCACCAAGUAUCCCAAAAAGUUCUACCCUCUGGAGAUUGACUACGGCCAGGAUGAAGAGGCGGUGAAGAAGUUGACAGUAAACCCAGGGACCAAGUCUAAGCUCCCCAGGCCAGUUCAGGAGCUUAUUAAGAUGAUCUUUGAUGUGGAAAGUAUGAAGAAAGCCAUGGUGGAAUAUGAGAUUGACCUCCAGAAGAUGCCCUUGGGGAAGCUGAGCAAGAGGCAGAUCCAGGCCGCGUACUCCAUUCUCAGUGAGGUCCAGCAGGCAGUGUCCCAGGGCAGCAGUGACUCCCAGAUUCUGGAUCUGUCAAAUCGCUUCUACACCCUGAUCCCCCAUGACUUUGGGAUGAAGAAACCUCCACUCUUGAACAACGCAGGCAGCGUGCAGGCCAAGGUAGAAAUGCUGGACAACCUGCUAGACAUUGAGGUGGCCUACAGUCUGCUCAGGGGUGGGUCUGAUGAUAGCAGCAAGGACCCCAUCGAUGUCAACUAUGAGAAGCUCAAAACCAACAUUAAGGUGGUUGACAAAGAUUCUGAAGAAGCCGAGAUCAUCAGGAAAUACGUUAAGAACACUCACGCCACCACACACAAUGCGUAUGACUUGCAGGUUGUUGAUAUCUUUAAGAUAGAGCGUGAAGGGGAAAGCCAGCGCUACAAACCUUUUAAGCAGCUUCAUAACCGAAGAUUGCUGUGGCACGGCUCCAGGACUACCAACUUUGCUGGAAUCUUGUCCCAGGGUCUACGGAUAGCCCCUCCUGAAGCACCCGUGACAGGCUACAUGUUUGGUAAAGGGAUCUAUUUUGCUGACAUGGUCUCCAAGAGUGCCAACUACUGCCAUACAUCUCAGGGAGACCCAAUAGGCUUGAUCUUGUUGGGAGAAGUUGCCCUUGGAAACAUGUAUGAACUGAAGCAUGCUUCACACAUCAGCAAGUUGCCCAAGGGCAAGCACAGUGUCAAAGGUUUGGGCAAAACUACCCCUGACCCCUCAGCUAGUAUUACUCUGGAUGGUGUGGAGGUUCCCCUGGGAACUGGGAUCUCAUCCGGCAUUAACGACACAUGUCUACUGUAUAACGAGUACAUUGUCUAUGAUAUUGCUCAGGUAAAUCUGAAGUAUCUGCUGAAACUGAAGUUCAAUUUUAAGACAUCCCUCUGGUGAAUUGUGACCAAGGCUCAGGUACCCAGUGACUCCGGUGUCAGUUCACCUACUGUGCUCGCACACCGACUCACAGGCAGAAAGCUCGCCUCAGUUGCUGAUGAGUAGAACCUUCACUAAAUCUCCUCAGAGGAUUUUACAUGAACGAGUUACAAGAUUUUUCCCAGCUUUUUAAAUCCCUUAUUUUGUGUUGUGUUUCAGGGGAAGGGUUAUUUGGGGGGUUUUCUUACCAGACACAGUUCCGGUAGAUAGAACUGACAAUAAAGAUGAGAAGAGAUUUUGUUUUGUUUUGUUUGUGAAGACUAGUCCCAUGGAAGACACCAAGCCACAGUAGACAUCUCCCUUACUGGUUUACCCGGAAAAGGGAAAAAUAUCCUUCUACCCUUGUUGCUAAGUGUUCACCUUCAGUUUUGAUUUUGGAAAAAUGUUAAGCAUUUAUUUUGAGGUAAAAAUAAAAGCUAAUUUCAUACUAUUUAGGUUUUCUUUUUUAUCUUGCACUUGCUGCCCUCUUUCUAGCUUUUUUUGUUUGUGGUGAGGGGUGUAGGAAGCCAAAGGAAGGAACAUUAACAGUUUCUCAUACUUAGAAAUAAAAAGAGCUUUCCUUUUCUAGGAAAACUUGAACAUGGGUGCUCUUAGAAGAUGUAAAUUAAAAGUUGCAUUUGAAAUUCUUGACUUCCUUAGGAGGGAUUUUGUCUUCCAAAUUAAAACUGUCUGUACUACAGAUAUACUUACCCAAGGGCUACUAGUAAUUCUCGAUUAAAAUACAAAUAGCUACUAUA